CUUCGUGACGAUUUAUUUAGCACACGAACGACUGUUACAAAUCUAACCGGACCCUGAUAGGCACGCUUUCCAACGACCCACAACGCUCCCUUUCAGAUGCAAAAUGUACAUAAUAUACAAUGCACUGACCCGCAAAGUAAAUUUGAAAAGAUGUUCACUGUUUUCACACCUGACGUCAUUCAUUGUGCUUACUGUGUGUGACGUGCAACCUGUAUGGGACUCAUCGUCAAGAAGCCAUAACUGUGCAGGGGGUUUACUUUAAUACGGCCCACUCCAUCAUCAAGAAACUCACUGACUGUGUCUUCUCUGAGGACGGGAUGAUGAAAGACGGUGAUUGAUACCACUCAAGAAAUCAUAUGGGGACAUUAUUUGUGAAAGCUGAUUUAUCUAUGAUCAAAUUCAUAGGAUCGAUUGACGUACCGGUACGCCAGUUGGGUGUUAAAGCUGGAGGGUCUUUGGGGUGAAGAACAUUGGAGAUUGCUACCGAUUGAGAAAUCACCAUUACUAUAUCCACUUACUCUAGAAAGCUGAUUUAUCUAGGAUCAAACCCACAAUUGGAUCGUACGCCAGUAUUGGGUAUUGAAUAUGUGACCCGAAAUACCUUAUCUUAAGACUCGAAGCUGGAUGUCGUUUUAAGAAAACUGGGUGACAUUGGUGACUGACCCCUCAAGAAACUUAAUUUGGUGAUGUGCAUCGAUCUGAUUUACCUCACAGCUAGGAGCGGACGCACGUAUUGAAUGUGGGGUUGACCCGAAAUACCUACACGUCGAGUCACUAGAAACGAUCGAUCUACAAUACAAUAGUCAAGACGAACGCUGAUCGCAGCUGAUAUAAAGUGAUUGUCAGUAGGGGUCAAACAUAUUGUCAAACUUUUACCUGACCUCGUGCUUUGUUUUUGUUUAGACUUUAUUUAUCGGCAGUGUAUCUGGAAAGCCUUCACACGAAUUUAACACUCAAGGUUUUCAACUUGGUUCUACGACUGUUUUGGAAGCGAAUUCGGCCGUCAGGUGUUACUUGUAGCCACACACGAAGACGUCUUCAAGAACACUGAGCCCGGAAGGUGACCGUAUAAGAAAUGAGAUAGGAACAUGAAUUAAUCGUAUAUCAUUAUAUCUAUGAGGGAACUCGAAACUGUUGAUUUCAACUGUAAGAAUACCGACGAAUAGGAUUACAAGAAACCACUCAUCAAACAGUCGUAUACUCAAAUUGAAUUUCAAGUUCAGUGUCACGUCCUACCGACGACUAGGAUUACAAGAAACCACAAUACCACAACCAUAAUACACUUCGCGUGAUAGAGGAACUAUAGUUUGAUGACAAACGGUACAUCCGGUCUUAAGUUAUCCGCUAUAAUUCCUGUCCUCAAACCCAACCAUAACUUAAUAUUGCAUGCUGUACAAAAUUAGUUGGUGUCACCUACCUGUAGCAUUAUAGCCACCUGUGUAUGAUGUCAGUUGUCACAUAGUUGUAAAAGGUCAUCUUUUAAAAUAAAGGCAGGAGUCAGUGCUGAUCUACCAGGACACAAUACAAUAAUUCGGAAAUGGUUUGACAGUAAUGCAGCCUUGUUCUUGAAGUAUAUAACUAUAGCCAGCGCACACCUGUUGACAUUAAUAAUGACAUGAUCAAUCGAUCGACUCCUUUGUUAUUGAACAACAAUCGCUCUCAGCAGAUAGGUGUUCAACGCAACUGUUAAAUGUUCGCCAAACAGCCAAUCGAAACAGCAAAAGUAAUCUUGAACAUUAUUGUCUGACUUUGAGGUCAAAAGAACAAGGCUGCGAUCGAUACAACCUGUACUUUCAAUUUCACUUUCACCAAUUCAUUCAUUCAUAGCUCACACUCAGACCGUUGAGGCACUGCUUGUCAGCUACCACCACCCGUGACAUCACUGGUCGUGUACCACCCCGACUAUCUGCCGGAAACGCAAGUAAGAAGCAGUCAGAUAUUAUGAGUACGACUGUGUAACUUUACUGUGCAUUAGUUGUAUUCGUAAGCUCGUCAUAUUGUGCAAAGGUCUGUGGAGCAGUUAUUAUGGCUUUUGUUUACCUGCAUUGAAUUUCAAGGACCGGCAUUCUGUGCAGUCUGUGCGGAAAGUGUCUAAUGCUUGCAGAGCUAUUGGCUACCUAUUCGGACGGUCCCGGUGAGUGAUUUUUGUAACAGAACAUUUUGAACACUGCGUUUGGACUUUAAGUUGUAUCAUUCUCACACAAACUUGAAAUUGACCAUGGAGUUUGAUAGCUACGAUAGCUUCAACUCCUCGGAGGUGGACAAUUCCACGGACAUUCCUUUCGAAUUCAGCGACUACACCCAGAGAGUGGUGGUCGCCACGAUGUUCCUGACCGCCUCCCUAGUCGGUACCCUGGGCAACGCUCUGGUGAUACUCGCCGUACUGUUGUCCAAAAAGCUCCGGACAGCGACCAACGCGUUCGUGGUGAAUCUAAGCUUAGCGGACUUGCUGACCUCGCUGGUGAUCGUGUGGGACGCUGUGGCCCUGCUGGGCAAGGAUGGAUUCCCCGUCUCGGAAUGGGUGUGCAAGGUGGUCGCCAUUAUCCAGUCCACAACUGUUGGUUGUAGCAUGUACAUGUUGGCUUCUAUUGGAUUGAACCGGCUACUGCUGAUCACGCGAGCCGCUACAACGUACAGGGUUCUCUACACGCCUAAAAAGAUCGCCAUGUGGUUAAUAUUCACCUGGAUGAUCCCUCUAUCGAUAACCCUCCUACCCCCUGUUUUCGAUGUGGGUGCGGUUGGGUACAACCCCAAAUACCACACCUGUGGGUCCAUCUCAUCUCACCCCUUAUCCAACUACUACGAUCUCAUCGUGGCCGGUGGGUUAUACCCCAUCCCACUCGUCACAAUCAUCGUCUGCUACGUCCUCUUGUGGCAGCACCUUAAUCGCCAUGCCAAGAGGAUGAUCACCUCCCCCCAAGCUUCCGUGGAUUCCACAGCCAACAACCUGUCCAUCGUCUCUAAGGAUGUAGAUGCCGUCAACAACCACUAUCCACAGUCACCGAGGCACAGCACGGGGACCGUCCGGACCAACGCCACCAUAAGCCGUAACCGUAUGAGCCGACGUCAGUACGAGAUCACCAAGAACAUGUUCUAUGUCUUGUGUGCCUUCAUGCUUUGUCUAACUCCCUACGCCAUUUGCCUGUUCUUCGACGACAGCGAUCCGGCGAUACCAUAUGCCGCCGCCAUUUUGUUUAUCAACAGCUGUAUAAAUCCCGUUAUUUAUGCAGUUAAGCACCCGCAUUUUAAGACUGUAUUCGGCUGCAUCUUCCGUCGCCAGUGGGACCACAUCCCUGAGCCCUCGGACACACUCAAGAGGCUAAUAAGGGGAGGAAACUGUUGUGGGAGAAGUGCUUUUUACGCAUGAGAAUUCUGAAACACCUGCCUUAUCUUAUGGAACUUUUGCGAUGCUACGUCUCAAGUUUAAUUAGACUCGCCGCCAGUCACCUAUAAUGUCAUUUAAACAGUGGUUUCCAAAAUGGUGGGCGUUGCCUUAGGCUCAGCCCGGGCAAGAGCUAGAGGUAAAGAGGUGCGGUGGUUUAAAGAUGAUAAUUUUUAACACAACAUGUUUUAAGCAAACGAGCAAUUAUCAGUAGUUUUUAAAAUAUUGUCGGCGUUGCCUUAAGCCUCAGCCGGGGUUUUAAAGAUAAUAGCUUUUAUCCCAACACUUUUAAGCAAACGAAUUGUUAUCAGUGGUUUGUAAAUGGUGGGCGUUUCCGAAUUCCUUAGCCUCAGCCCGGGCCAGAGGUAAAGCAAACGUUUUGGAAGAGGCACUGUGCUUUGAUGACAAUAUUAAUAAAAGUAGUUUUUAAUACUUAAUUUGUUAAGCAAACGAACAAUUAUUCAAACGAUUUUGGAAGAGAAACUACGUUGUGAUGAUGUCGAUACAAAAUAGUGACUGCUGUAUACCAUGUAAAGUAGAGGCAAAAUGUGUAAACUGCCAAAGAUGAAAAAAAUAAGCAGGAUUGAAAAAUUAACUGGAGCUUGUGUCAAGAGACAUGUAUUGAUUUAAAUAUAAUACAUUAUUGGCUUUUGAAAGAGUAUAUAAAUUCGUAUUCUCGAAUGAAUACACCACAUGACAAACGUAUGCAAAUUUAUUCAAUUAAGGUUGCUUGUAUCCAGACCGAGGCUGAAUUGGUUAUAGUCUGGCUCCAUUCCAUAAUGUUUCAGUCAGUAUUCAUUUCUGUUGUUGCAUACAUGGAAAGCGAUAAACAUGACUGCUGCCCUCUUGAUUAUUACAAUGUGCCACUCACAGUAUUAGGCCAUGUUCGAAUUAGCAGCUACAUCUACGGCUAUGGCUAGUGUCAUUGGCACUGGACACUAUUGGUAAUUGUCAAAGACUAGCCUUCAGAGUUGGUGU